AUGGCAAGCCCAAAUCCCCAAGCAAACAGACAGCGACAGCGGCCUCCUCCGCGAAAGAAGGCGUGCCAAAGUUGCACCAGGUCCAAAGUCCGUUGCAGUCUCGAACGACCUACCUGUUCUCGGUGCAGGUCGCUCGGGCGCGUUUGCGAAUACUCCACUACUCUCGAUCUUUCACACACCAAUCCGCCAGCCGAAGGCUCGGAGAAUACAGAUCUGACGACCCUUGUUGGACCUCAGCCCCCUACAGCAUAUGCUAUGCCUAUAGCCGUACCUACCUACCUUGACAGCGGCUCUGCCCCCGUCUCGCCAACUCGCGAACGCAGGCACCGGCCGGUGGGGUCAACUAGAGAUGAGCAGUCCGGUCUCGACUUCACUAAGGCCGAUCUGAUUCCUGCUUCAGCGGCAGAAAGUAUCCGGGAUCGUUGGCUUCGGCCAUACAUUCUGCCACCACUCGGACGAGACGAAAUCCCUAAAGUGUACCAUCCAUUCACACUACAGUACAUCUCAAGGAUCCUGGCCACCUAUCCCCGUUUCAUGCUCAAGGACGGAAAAGCGCCUCCACUUAUUCAUCAGUCUCAGGUUUCUGGUGGAAGUCUACCACAGGCCUUGGCUAACUGCUACAGUCUUGUCCGAAUGUGGGAAAAUGCCGUUUUGGGGAGUGAAGCCAUGGUCAUCAACACGAUAGAAACGGAGAUGGAGCGAUUGUCCAGAGAGCCCCCAAGUCAACAUGAUCACGACCUCCUUUCCUCCUUCCAGGCCUACCUAAUCUACUCGAUCAUGCUAUACUUCUCCCCUCGACCCGCUGCUCCAGCCGCAGUCACCGACAAGGUCAUGAUCACACUCAUGGAACUAGCCUCUCGCACGGCUCGCAAUGGCUUCUUCUGUGCAUCCGAAAUGUCCCACUCGCGUCCUAGCUGGGAAUCAUGGAUCGUGGUGGCUUCGAAACGGCGUGCCAUCUUCGUCAUGUACCUCUUCUGCAGCGUGUACAACUCCGACCGGCUCUUGCCCAACUUCAUCGCCGAUGAAGUACGAGGUGUAUUUGCUCCAGAAGGAAGAUCUCUGUGGGAGGCGCCCGACCGAGAAACAUGGGAACGGGAGUACGAUCGCCACCUCUUGAUCUGGGAGGACGGGAUGCUGGAGAUAUCGGAGCUCUGGCGAUCCGCCGAUACGGGAACUGUCGAGCAAAGAGAGAGAAUUGAACGGUGGCUGCAGACUGUGGAUGAGUUUGGAAUGCUGUUGUUCGGAGUCACUGCCCAUAUUCAUGGGUGUUAA